AUGGCGCCCGCAAACCUGCCCAGCGUUUUCAACGCCACCAGCCAGGACAUUGAGCUGCUCCUGGCUGCUCAGUCCCACCUCGGCUCCAAGAACUUGCAGGUUCACAUGGAGCCUUACCUGUGGAAGACUCGUGCUGAUGGUGUCAACGUCAUCAACGUCGGCAAGACCUGGGAGAAGAUCGUUCUGGCUGCCCGUAUCAUUGCCGCCGUCGACAACCCCUCCGACGUCUGUGUCAUCUCUGCCCGUCCCUACGGUCAGCGUGCCGUCCUGAAGUUCGCCGCCCACACCGGUGCCCAGGCCAUCGCCGGUCGUUUCACCCCCGGUUCCUUCACCAACUACAUCACCCGUUCCUUCAAGGAGCCCCGUCUGAUCGUCGUCACCGACCCUCGCACCGACGCCCAGGCCAUCAAGGAGGCUUCCUACGUCAACAUCCCCGUCAUCGCCCUCUGCGACACCGACUCCCCCACCGAGUUCGUCGACGUUGCCAUCCCCACCAACAACAAGGGUCGCCACGCCAUUGGCUGUGUCUGGUGGAUGCUCGCCCGUGAGGUCCUGCGUCUGCGUGGCACCAUCUACAACCGCGAGACCCCCUGGGACGUCAUGGUCGAUCUCUACUUCUACCGCGACCCUGAGGCCGAGGCUGAGGAGAAGGUCGAGGAGGAGAAGCUCGCCGGCGCUGACGAGGUUGGCCCUGCUGCCAUCGAGGCUGGCACUUUCGCUGCUGGUGCUGACUGGGAGGCUCCUCCUACCGGCGCUGCUGGUGGCGAGUGGAGCGCCGACCCUGCCGCCGCCAGCUGGGACGCUGCUCCCGCUGGCCAGGCUACCGAGUGGGGUGCUGAGCCUGCUAAGGAGCCUGCUGCGAGCCAAUGGUAG